CGUGAGUGUGAGCUCACACCCACCUCUGCAUUGUGCACUGGUGUGUGUGGGUGUGCACAGCACCCAGCAAACAGCACCAGCAGCCAAAGCACCCCGGACACCGACAGAUCAGUUAUCCAAACCUGCGCCUGGGGGCUUUAAAGGGCUUGUGCUGAAGCAGCUUUGUCGCAACUGACAGCCCUACUCUGGAAAACAAACACAUCCAGGCACGACUCAGAGUCACACCCUGUUUUCUGCCUCGACAGCUCCCCGUAUGAACGCACACCGCCCCUGAGUCACAGAACCCUGCAGGAACCUUCAGCCCAUUUAAAUCAAUAUGCCUGGUUCAAGUCCUAGCAGCAGGGAAAACAUUUUUACCUGAACCCUCCUCCCUCCACAGGAGCAGCAGAAGUGUUCCUGCAGCAGGCCAGGGCACUGGAGAAUCCCUCAGACAAGCUCUGUUUGUUGUCAGGAGCUGUGCUAGACACAGCAGGAAAUGUGGGAGGUUUUUCUGAGAAUUUUCUCUACGAGUGCAGCAGAGUCACUCACUGUGGCUCUCUGAGUCACACCUUAUCAAGGCUCCCCAGUACAGCCUGUGCAGUCUAUAUCCACCCACAGUGUGGCCAGUUCCUUUGGGAUUUGGGGCUGACACGGUGAUAUUGUCCCUGUGUCACCAGCAGCUGUCCCUGCUUUCCAGCGGCACCAGCACAACCCAGUCCCGGACAUCCUGGAGGAAGGAUGGAUGAGAGCAGGGAGAAAAUCACCUCGUUCCUCUGGCAUGAGCUGAUUCUGUGUACAGAGAAAUUCAGGGACACAGGUGAGGUCUGUGCUGCAGAUUUCUGAGCUUGCCCUUGGACCUGCACACAACCAGGUACAUGCAGAUUUUCCCACAUCUAGUUUUCUUCCUCCCCAUACUUUUCCAUGCUCUCAGAGAAAUCAGGAGGAGAACCUGAGCGUCUCUUGCCUCAAACUCUGCAGUUACAUGGAGAAAUGAGAGGGACUGGUUAUUUCAGCGAGCCUGAGGGUUUGGGUGGUUGUAGCUGUGGUGCGAGCAGGCAGCAGAACACAACACCCAGAGGAGAAGUGAGGAAGGAAAGAAAACCCGACACACAUUCUCCGAAAGAAUGUGACAGAGAGCAAGGAAGCAGAGGAAGGAUUCACACUGAUGGAUUGCCAGCCCAGGGGAAUAAACCAGAAUGGUUCAACGAACCCAGAUGAAACCAGAAGUGCCGUGAGAGGAGAGGGAAGCAGGCGCUGUCCGCAGCUGCAGCGAGUGCCCUGAGAGCCAGAGGGAUGGGAAGCCCCAGAGCAUCCGUGGGGAGAGCAUCUGAAGAAGUGCAGAAGGAAGCAGAAGGUUCUCUGUGAGCCCCCAGCUCCAGGUGACCACCAUGGAUACUUGCAAGGUUCCUGCAAACACCUCCAAGUGCAGCGGGAACACCAUGGAGUGCUUCAUGGUGCUCAGCACACAGGCACAGAAGAUUAGCAUUGGCAUCCUGUGUGGCCUCUUUGGGACAAUGUGUGUUUUUGAGAACUCCUUGGUGCUUUACCUGAUUUUCUCUUCCCCUGGGAUCAGGAAAAAGCCUUCCUACCUCUUCAUUGGCAGCCUGGCCCUGGCUGACAUCCUGGCCAGCAUCAUCUUUGUCUGCAGCUUUGUGAACUUCCACGUGUUCAACGAGGCUGGUUUCUCCAAGGAGGUGUUCCUGCUGCAGCUGGGAGGGGUGAACACAUCCUUCUCAGCCUCCCUCAGCAGCCUGCUGCUCACAGCCCUGGACCGCUACCUCUCCAUCACCCGGCCCUCGGAAUACAAGCUGCUGAUGACCAGGAAAAGAGCCUGGGCAGCCCUGGCCGUGCUCUGGGUGACCUGUGCCACCAUUGCUUGCCUGCCCCUGCUGGGCUGGAAUUGCUGCGUGCUGGAUUCUGUCUGCUCCGAGCUGUUCCCCUUUGUGGAUGACAAUUACCAGUCAGGCUGGGUGUGUUUCAUCAUGGUCCUGCUGGGCUGCAUCGUCUACGCCUACGCCCACGUGCUCUGGAGGGCUCGCCAGCACGUGGCCUACAUGGAGAAGCACCAGGGACAGGUAGGCAAGCAGAACACCAGGAUGAGGAUGGAUGUGAUGCUGGCCAAGACCCUGGUGAUGGUGCUGGCUGUGCUUAUGCUCUGCUGGUCCCCCGUGCUCGUGCUCAUGAUCUACAGCAUCUUCGCCAGGCUGAGCGACCACCUGCGCAAGGUGUUCGCCUUCUGCAGCACCCUCUGCCUGCUCAACUCCAUGGUGAACCCCAUCAUUUACGCCCUGAGGAGCAAGGAGCUGUUCUCCUCCCUGAGGAGGGUGUUCUCCCACUUCAGGAGACAGCUGAAGCUCACUGAGGAGAGCCCAGAAGCAGAGAGCACCCACAAGUCCUCUGUGAUUGAGACCGUCUGCGAGGACACGCACACAGUGUAGGGAGGCACCUGGGGGAGAUCCACACCCUCAGGCUGGAAGGAACAGUCUGGAUCACUUUUCUCUUCUGAUGGGAGUAGAGGGAUCAGCUACAGCUCCUGCUGAUGCCACCCUUCAACACUGGGACAUAAAGUGCACAGACUUUGCUCUCAGCACAGGUUGGGAUUGUUGGGGUGUCCUGUGCAAGGCCAGGAGUUGGACUGGAUGAUCUUUGGGGUGUCCCUUCCAG